CACAAGCAGCUUCGCUUUAACUGGAGUGCCUGGGAGUCGCGUGCCAGGAGCCGCGCGUCCAGGGACUGACUGACAAGACAGACACGCACCACCACCACAACACACGAGACCCGGGCGGGUCGCCGAGGCCGCCGGGGCUCUUGGCAAAGUCGCCGGUCAGAGAGGUCCCCCGCGGAGCCGCGCCGCAGCAGCGCCAGGCCCGGUGCCUCCAAGCCGGCAGAAGGAGCAGCGCUGAGCUCCCGGCUGCGCGGAGAAUCGCAGCACGCGCCAAAGAGCGACGCCGAGGCACGUUUAGAGAGAGAACCAAGAUGUUCGUCAAAUCCGAGACCUUGGAGUUAAAGGAGGAGGAGGACGUGCUGGUGCUGCUUGGCUCGGCCUCCCCCGCCUCGGCGGCUCUGACCCCUGUAUCUUCCAGCGCUGACGAGGAGGAAGAGGAGGAGCUGGGCGCGGCGGGCGGAGCGCGUCGGCAGCUUGGGGCAGAGGCCGGGCCCGCGGCGCUGGGCGGCUCGCCGGGAGGAGCCGAGGGCUGCCGGCCGGCGCGGCUGCUGGGUGUGGUGCACGAGUGCAAGCGGCGCCCUCCGAGGGCCAGGGCUGUUUCUCGCGGCGCCAAGACGGCCGAGACCGUGCAGCGCAUCAAGAAGACCCGUAGACUGAAGGCCAACAACCGCGAGCGCAACCGCAUGCACAAUCUCAACGCGGCGCUGGACGCGCUGCGCGAGGUGCUCCCCACAUUCCCAGAGGACGCCAAGCUCACCAAGAUCGAGACCCUGCGUUUCGCUCACAACUACAUAUGGGCGCUCACCGAGACCCUGCGCCUGGCUGACCACUGUGGGGGCGGCGGCCUGCCCGGGGCGCUCUUCUCGGAGGCAGUCAUGCUGAGCCCGGGAGGCACUAGCGCCGCCUUGAGCAACAGCGCAGACAGCCCUUCGCCCGCCUCCACGUGGAGCUGCACAAACAGCCCCGCGGAGUCUUCCUCGGCGUCCUCCAACUCCACCUCCCCCUACAGCUGCACUUUAUCUCCCGCCAGCCCUGACGGUUCAGACAUGGACUAUUGGCAGCCCCCACCUCCAGACAAGCACCGCUACGCACCUCACCUCCCCAUAGUCAGGGACUGUAUCUAGAACUGCCAUCUCUGCUACCCACGCCAGGCCUUAGUGGGUACCCUUUCCUG